AUGAAUCCAACGAGUUUGUCAGUAUUUCGCGGAGUUUGCUUAGCUGGUCUCGUCUCACUUCUACAUUGUGCCUACUCAGCUGCACAGCACCGACUUUAUUUACGACUGACGGAACAGCCGUUCACGCAACUACCUCUUGAUAUUGUGGUACAAACAAUCGUGAGUUUAAUUGCUUUCGUUUAUAGUGCUACUUGUAUUGCCGGAGAAUUUCAGCCAAUCCGCUCUGAUUUGCAGAAUCGUACAAAAUCAUGGGAUACAGUUGGAAAUUGCCCAUCAUUUUAUACAUUCGAUCACCGUGCAAAAACUCUUUCACCAUCAUACCGCGAUUCACCGCAACAGUACUGCGACUCUUCACCGAUAACUGCUUCACAAAAAGCGACAUCACUUUCAUCCUCUUUCCAUAAAUGUAUUGGAAAUGACUUGUCAGGAAAGUCUUCAGUGGGAAAAGAAGGAUCAUCGCAACGAACUCCGCAAUUAAAGUCUUUUUCCAAAAAGGUAAUAAACGAAUCCCUUCAUGAAUGUUUACAAAUAACUCGUAAGCGAGAUUAUACAAAUUAUGUUGCGGGAUUGGUGAUGCCGUCGGAAAUUCAACCUGCUUUGUUCACUCUGCUGGCUUUUAAUGUUGAAUUAGCCAUUAUUCGAGACCAAGUUGUUCGCAAUUCGGGAGUUUCCGAAAUAUAUCGUUUGCAGUUCUGGAAAGAUACUUUAGACGUUUUAUAUGGUCAAGCGAAAGGACCAAUACCUCGACAACCAAUCGCAAUAGCUUUAAGUCUGUUUGGGCAUCGUUUUGAUGAAUAUUUACUGAGAAAUUUGAUUACUGCAAGACAAAGGACGUUGGGUGAUCGUCCAUUCGAAUCUCUUAACGAUGUCAAGAAAUAUGGCUUCGAAACUACAGGCUCGGUAACUCAACUGAUAAUGCAUCUACUUUCCGGCUGUCAUGAGGCUAAUGAGGUUGUGCUUUCCAAAGAAACAAUCCAAGCGGUCGAGUCAAUGUCAAGUGCUAUUUCAAUUAUUACUUUAAUCAGAUCGACAAUGCCUUUGUUAGCAAGAGGGAUCUUCCUACUUCCGAAUGAUCUAACGGAAAAAUACAAAUUAAGCGCAGAUGAUGUAUUCGGAAAUAAAAAGCAGAAUGCAUUGCGUGAUUUAGUUGAGGAGCUUACUAAUGUAGCAGAAGCGGAACUUCUAAAAAGUAGACAAUGUCGUAAAAGCAUCGAAUCAAACCUACGACUGGCGCUUAUGGCAGGCGGUGCAACUUUGGAUCAUCUCUUGCGAACGCUUCGUAAUAGCAAUUAUAAUUUACUGAAUGCACGACUUCAACAUGGUUACGAUCUUCUUGCAUGGCGUUUUUGGUGGCGUAAGUUGCUCGGUCGCUAUUGA